AUGGCUGCGUCCAGGCAGCCGCCUUUCUGCCACGUGGAGUUCGGCGGGGCGGUGGCUACCCGGGAGGCGUCGGAGGUCGCCCCCGAGGGGCUGGAGGCCGUGUUCCCCCGGGAGGUCGGGCUCUUCGCUGACGCCUUCCCCGAGGAGACCCGCUACGGCUUCUGCGGCCACGUGUUAACCAUCGCCCAGCACCACGGGGCUCGGCUCGGGGUGGCAGCGCCCGUCUGGGAGGCGGCUCUAACCCUGUGUAAAUAUUUUGAGAAACAGAAGCUCAACUUCUGGGGCAAGAAGGUGAUUGAGCUGGGCGCUGGGACAGGCAUCGUGGGCAUCCUUGCCACCCUGCUCGGAGGAGAUGUAACCAUCACAGAUCUCCCUCUGGCUUUGGAGCAGAUACAGGAGAACGUCCAUAGGAAUGUGCCUGCAGAGCAUUUGGCUCGGGCCAGAGUUUGUGCUCUGUCUUGGGGUCUGGACCACGAGGAGUUCCUGAGAGACUACGACUUCAUCCUGGGUGCAGACAUAGUCUAUCUGAAAGAUACGUACCCCAUGCUCAUCAGGACCCUCCGGCACCUCUGUGGCCCUCAUUCAACCAUCUACCUGUCUUCCAAAAUGCGGCAGGAGCACAGGACGGCUGUGUUCUACGAGGCGCUGCUCCCGCUGCACUUCACUUUAGAACUGGCCUAUAGGGAUGAAAAUGAGAACAUUAACAUCUAUAGAGUCACCAGCAAGCAGAAUAGCUGA